AUGGGCGGGCAUCAGCAGCAUUACACUCACGGUCCGCCGUUCGGUGGGCGGGCCGGGCGUAUCAUGGAGGUGGAUGUGCAGCGGCGUGUGCUGGAACUGCGGUUGGGCGGAAUGAUGAUGGACGACGGACAGCUGGAGGAGUACUGCAGGUACCUCAGAGAGAGAGGGGAGGUUAGAUGAGGAUGCGCGGCAAGACGCAUCUGGUUGCAUGUGGUGUGGAUGUGUGGGUGUGUGUAGGUGGAUAUCGUCUCAUCUGAACAAUGUACGGACUGAGUUCCGGCUGGAUGUGAUGGACGCCAUCAUAGCGACGGUAGAUGUGUCGAGCAACAAGAUCACGGACGCCGGCGUCAAGAGACUCACGGUGCGUCGGUGGGUGUGUGCUUGCGGGCGGAUGCAUGUGUGUGCAUUCGUUGUGUGGGGCAGGAUAUGUUUGACAAGUGGCGCAUCCACGCCCGUGUGCUCAAGCUGUUCAAGAACAGGAUCACCGAUGCUGGUACGAGGUCUCUCAUACACACACACAUCUAUCGAAAGGAUUCAUGACUCGUGCGCGCAUGUGUAUGAGUGCAUUUGCAGGUGCUAAGAUGCUGGCCGAGUACGUCUGGAUGAACCCCUCGCCCAUCUGCGAGGUCCACCUCUCACACAACCAACUCACUGGUGCGACCACACACAAUGGCAACACACACACGCACCCCUCUUAUGCGCGUGUACACAUUCGCCUGUCUGCCUGUCCACGUUAAUUCAGAGGACGGCAUGAAGAUCAUCAUGGAUACGUUCCGCAAGCACGACGCUUACCCGGGCUACAUGCAACUCAACGACAAGUGAGUUUCUCACAACCACACACACCACCACACCACACCACACACAAUACAUGCACAUCUGAGUUGGGGUGGGAUCUGCCACUCAGGUUUGACAUAGUGGGCCGCCGCCAGGCUCUCAAGGACGGCAGUGCCAACGGCGCCCGCAGAUGGAUUCCCGUGUGGCUCCGCCUCGAGAACAACCAGCCGCGCGACGUAUUCUCGGGUACGCAAUGCAUAUCUGCGUAUCUGCGUAUGAAUGAUGUAUUGUCAGUGUUGGAUUGGAUGGACCGCAAUGGUGUGACGUACUGCCUGGUGGGGCAGGAGCGCCUCUGCAACGCCUACAAGUGCCACAAGAGCGGAAACACGCGACAGCAAGGUACCCCAGCCCGACACACACACUCCCACACACAAACACUGUAUUCGCGUUCCAUCCACCCAUCAGAUAUCAAGAUUCACCUCGCCAAGGCGUUGUUCCCCGACCUGGAGAGCCGUGGACGCACUCGCGGCCCCCGCUACACUCCCUCCCGCAUCCAGCAGCCCGCAUACGUGCCCAAACCUGCUCCGGCGCCCUCGGCAUCGGCCUCGCCGUCCUCAUCUCCGUCGACCGCCCACACGCCGACCGCCCAGCGGUCGCCCCCUGCUGCCAUGGCUAUGGCCACGCGCGACUCGACGUCGUGCAACACGCCCGAGCCCGAGUGGCACCACAUCGUCAUGGAGGAGACCGACAAGGACGACACACACGAGGAGCAAGGGGAGGGCGCCAAGGACAACACCAACACACACAAGAAGGAGGCCCGUGAUAGCGGUGCGUGAGCAUCACAAGGAGGGGGAGAGAUGGAUGGAUGGAUGGACUAAUCGACACUCGUGUGUGUGUGUGUGUUGUGUGGUGUGUUUCGUGUAGGUGAGUCUGGUGAGACAACUGAGGAGGUCAUGGCUGCUCAGGAGGAGGGACACGAUGGCCAUGGCGAUGAGGACGAUGGUGCUGGUGAUUUCGGUGUCCACGACGACACCGAAAUCAGCAACAACGACGACACCACCGCUGCCGCAGUAGACGACAAUGGCACCGAGUAG